AUGAUCAUUCCCACAUUCUCGCGAGCCGCGUGGCGGACGAGUUGUGCCUUUGUCAGGCCCUCCUCAAGCUCUCCUAUCCAGCAAGCUCUUGGUUCGAAGGGCUCGAUUGUAUACGGGUCUGCCGUACGGAGAUACGCAGUAGGAAAAUUCUCUCGUGACAAGCCUCACUGCAAUAUCGGAACCAUUGGCCAUGUCGACCAUGGAAAAACCACCCUCACAGCUGCUAUCACGAAACGUCAGUCAGAGAAAGGAUUCGCCAACUACUCAGAAUAUGGUGCCAUCGACAAGGCUCCCGAGGAGCGCAAGCGUGGUAUCACAAUCUCCGCCGCACAUCUCGAGUAUGCAACAGAGAAUAGGCAUUACUCCCAUGUCGACUGUCCAGGUCACGCCGAUUACAUCAAGAACAUGAUCACUGGUGCGGCCAGUAUGGACGGAUCCAUCAUUGUGGUUGCUGCUUCCGACGGACAAAUGCCCCAGACAAGAGAGCAUCUACUACUAGCCCGUCAGGUUGGCGUUCAAAGACUCGUCGUGUUUGUCAACAAAGUCGACGUCAUCGAGGACCAGGAGAUGUUGGAGCUCGUAGAGAUGGAAAUGAGAGAACUACUUAGCACCUACGGCUUUGAAGGCGACGACACACCCAUCGUGAUGGGCUCCGCACUAUGUGCUAUCGAGGGUAAACGACCGGAAAUUGGCGUUGAAAAGAUCGACGAGCUUUUAACCGCCGUGGAUACGUGGAUCCCAACCCCUGAGCGCGACCUGGACAAACCGUUCCUGAUGGCGGUCGAGGACGUCUUCUCCAUUCCUGGACGAGGUACUGUCGCUUCUGGACGUGUUGAGCGCGGUAUCCUCAAACGCGAUACAGAAGUUGAACUAGUUGGAUACAAUGAAGCACCUAUCAAGACCAAGGUUACGGACAUUGAGACCUUCAGAAAGUCAUGCGAAGAGUCUCAGGCCGGCGACAACUCUGGUAUUCUCCUUCGUGGAGUCAAGCGUGAGGAUGUCAAGCGUGGCAUGGUCAUUGCCAUCCCUGGAUCCAUCAAAGGCCACAGGAAGUUCCUUGUCUCGCUCUACGUCCUUACAAAGGAAGAAGGAGGACGUCACACCGGGUUCAAGAGCAACUAUAGGCCACAGCUUUACUUCCGUACCGCUGAUGAGGCAUGCGAUCUCUCGUGGCCAGAGGGCACUGAGGACAUCAGGCACAAGACGGCAAUGCCUGGUGACAACUGUGAGAUGGUUUGCGAAUUGUACCAUCCGAUUGCUAUCGAGAAAGGACAGCGGUUCAACGUUCGCGAGGGUGGCCGAACUAUCGCAACUGGUCUUGUCACACAGAUCAUACCGACCACUGGUCCUUCAGUCUUCGAGAACAUAGUUUCCAAACAUGGUGCUUAA